AUGGCCGAAUUCAUCAGAGCACAGAUUUUCGGUACCACCUUUGAGAUCACCUCGAGGUACUCGGACUUGCAACCCGUGGGCAUGGGCGCCUUCGGUCUCGUUUGCUCCGCCCGUGACCAGCUCACCAACCAAAAUGUUGCCGUCAAGAAGAUCAUGAAGCCCUUCAGCACGCCCGUGCUAGCCAAGCGCACAUACAGAGAGCUUAAGCUGCUGAAGCACCUCAGGCACGAGAACGUUAUUUCCCUUAGCGACAUCUUCAUUUCUCCUCUGGAGGACAUCUAUUUCGUCACAGAGCUUCUCGGCACCGAUCUGCACAGGCUGCUGACCUCGAGGCCUCUGGAGAAGCAAUUCAUCCAGUACUUCCUCUAUCAGAUUAUGCGCGGUCUGAAGUAUGUCCAUUCGGCCGGUGUCGUUCACCGCGACCUUAAGCCCAGCAACAUUCUGGUCAACGAGAACUGCGAUUUGAAGAUUUGCGACUUCGGCCUGGCCCGUAUCCAGGAUCCCCAGAUGACCGGCUACGUCUCAACAAGAUACUACCGCGCCCCCGAAAUCAUGCUCACAUGGCAAAAAUACGACGUCGAGGUCGAUAUUUGGAGUGCGGGAUGCAUCUUCGCUGAGAUGCUGGAGGGCAAGCCUCUCUUCCCUGGAAAGGACCAUGUCAACCAGUUCUCCAUCAUCACCGAACUGCUUGGCACUCCUCCCGAUGAUGUCAUCAACACCAUUGCGAGUGAAAACACCCUCCGCUUCGUCAAGUCGCUCCCCAAGCGCGAGAGGCAACCGCUGAAGAACAAAUUUAAGAAUGCUGAUCCCUCUGCCAUUGACCUCUUGGAGAGGAUGCUGGUCUUCGAUCCUAAGAAGAGAAUAACAGCCACGGAGGCGCUCUCGCACGACUACCUUUCCCCCUACCACGACCCCACUGACGAGCCCGUCGCGGAGGAGAAGUUCGACUGGAGCUUCAACGACGCUGACCUACCAGUUGACACGUGGAAGAUCAUGAUGUACUCUGAGAUCCUCGACUAUCACAACGUGGACGCGUCAGCGCAACAGAUGGAGCAGAUGGAAGAACAAUUCAACGGGCAAUAG